GGGAGUGUUAUAACGGGCAGUGGUAAUCACACUGUCACCGAGGGAGAGUGGAGCUGGGUGGUGGUGGGCUGGUCCGGAAAGCUCUCUCCGGCCGUGGGACGGACUGAGGGCGGUUGCCAAGGGCGACGCCGGGCUCCCGCGCCAUCUUGCAGCGUCCGGGCCCUGGUGCUGGGGAAAGGAGACGAUGGAUAGAGACUUCAGCCUGAGCUUCGGCGGCGAGGCCGGGGCCGGGGCCGGGGCCGGGGCCGGGGCCCCCUGUAACCGCUUCCACGUGAGGCUGGUGGAUGAACCGCCCGAGUACGAGCCGCCUCCGCCGGCGGGGGGCGAGGAUGGCGUCGGCCAGUUCCAACGCUUCGAGGCGACGCUGCAGAACCGGGGCGAUUCCCUCCGGGCCGACGGCCUCUGCCACUCGUCCGACAGCUUCAGCAGCUCCUACCUGAAGACCUUUGGCCACAACACCGUGGACAGGGUGCCCAGAAUCGACUUCUACCGCAACACCGGCAGCCUCAGUGGCGUCAAGGUCAACAGACCCAGCCUAGCAGACCUUCAUGAAGACCUCAAGAGGGAUAUUUUACCUGUUCCUGGUGCUGUGGAUGGUGUUGCUAAUGGUGAUGGUGCAGUUGAUACAGGAGGAAAGCCUUCUGAAAACAAGGAUGAAUUAAUCAGAUUUGGAUGGAUCAAAGGAGUGCUGGUGCGAUGUAUGUUGAAUAUAUGGGGUGUGAUGCUUUUCAUUCGGCUUUCAUGGAUAGUUGGCCAAGCUGGAAUAGGUCUUGGAGUCAUCGUCAUUUGCCUGAGUUCAGUGGUAACUGUCGUAACAGGUAUCUCUAUGUCAGCCAUUUGUACCAAUGGAGUUGUUCGAGGAGGUGGUGCCUACUAUCUCAUAUCCAGGAGUCUCGGACCAGAAUUUGGUGGAUCUAUUGGCUUAAUCUUUUCCUUUGCUAAUGCUGUAGCCGUGGCAAUGUAUGUUGUUGGGUUUGCAGAAACUGUAGUGGAUAUUCUAAAGGAAAAUAAUGUUCUCAUGGUGGAUUCAAUCAGUGAUAUACGAAUUGUAGGUUGCAUUACGGUAGUAGUACUUCUUGGCAUAACAGUAGCUGGCAUGGAGUGGGAAACAAAGGCUCAAGUUGUUCUUUUGAUAAUUCUUCUUAUCGGUAUUGCUAACUUUUUUAUUGGAACUGUUAUUCCAAGUACAAUUGAAAAAAGAAGCAAAGGUUUCUUUAACUAUCAAGCUCAAGUAUUUGCAGAGAAUUUUGGGCCAUCUUUCAGGGAUGGAGAAAGUUUCUUCUCUGUCUUUGCCAUCUUUUUCCCAGCUGCUACUGGCAUUCUUGCUGGUGCCAACAUCUCUGGUGAUUUAAAGGAUCCACAAGUAGCCAUCCCAAAAGGAACGAUGUUAGCUAUCUUCGUAACAACUUUGACUUAUAUAGCUGUUGCCAUCUGCAUAGGUGCGACUGUUGUACGUGAUGCUACAGGAAGUGUUAAUGAUACCAUCAGUGCUUUGACAAGUUGUAAUGGUUCAGCAGCUUGUAAAUUAGGAUACGAUUUCUCUGACUGUGAUACACAGAUGUGCAAUUUUGGUUUAAUGAAUAACUUCCAGGUUAUGAGCAUGGUGUCUGGUUUUGGUCCCCUCAUCACUGCAGGAAUCUUCUCAGCUACUCUUUCCUCUGCCCUGGCCUCCUUAGUCAGUGCUCCCAAAAUUUUCCAGGCUCUUUGCAAGGAUAACAUUUACAAGGCACUGUAUUUCUUUGGAAAAGGUUAUGGAAAGAACAAUGAACCGAUUAGAAGCUACAUUUUAACCUUCGUUAUUGCUGUUGCAUUCAUUCUGAUUGCUGAACUGAAUACAAUUGCUCCAGUUAUCUCAAACUUCUUCUUGGCCUCCUAUGCACUUAUAAAUUUUUCAUGUUUUCAUGCUUCAUAUUCAAAAAGUCCAGGGUGGCGUCCUGCGUUUAAAUUUUACAACAUGUGGGUGUCGCUGCUUGGAACUGUAUUGUGCUGCGCAGUCAUGUUUGUUAUCAACUGGUGGGCUGCUGUGAUCACAGUUGCAAUUGUGUUAUUCCUUAACAUUUAUGUCAUUUAUAACAAACCAGAGGUAAAUUGGGGCUCUUCAGCACAGGCCAUGUCUUACAUCACUGCCCUUCAAGAUGCCCUUUCACUGACUGGAGUGAAUGAUCACAUUAAGAAUUUCAGGCCACAGUGUAUUGUUUUGACAGGAUCGCCAAUGUCCAGGCCAGCCUUGUUGGAUUUGACACUUUCUUUCACCAAGAAUUUUAGCCUCUGCAUCUGUAGUCAAGUAUUUAUGGGACCACGAAAGCAAACAGUAAGCGACAUGAAUUUGAGCAUGGAUAACUAUCAGCAAUGGCUUUCGAAGAACAGGAAAAAAGCUUUCUAUGCAGCAGUGGCUGGAGACAACCUACGUGAUGGAGUAAAGUGCCUACUUCAGGCUUCUGGAUUGGGUCGAAUGAAACCAAAUACACUUGUGAUUGGAUACAAGAGAGACUGGCGUACAGAUAAUCCUCAGGAUGUUGAGAAUUACGUUGGCAUUUUGCAUGAUGCCUUUGAUUUUGAAUAUGGUUUGAUAAUUCUCAGAAUUAGCCAAGGGCUUGACAUCUCCCGCAUUCUUCAGAUUCAAGAAGAAUUGCAGAGAAAGGAACAAGAAAAAUUAGCAUUGGAAGCUGCUCAGAAAGAUGAACAAAAGGAUGGAAAACGAGGAAUCUGUUCACUGAAAUUCUUGAACAAAACUGUCAAAUAUAGUACUAAUACCCUAGCGGUGAAUGAUCAGAAAGACUUUAAAAUCAGUGCUGGUCAUGCUGCAGAUUUUAAUCAACGCCUACUGGAAGCUAGUACUCAGUUCCAAAUGAAUCAGGGAAAAGGCACAAUAGAUGUAUGGUGGCUGUUUGAUGAUGGAGGUUUAACUAUUCUCAUUCCCUAUCUGUUAACUAUUCGCAAAAAAUGGUGUGACUGUAAAUUACGUAUCUUCAUUGGAGGGAAGUUGGACAGUAUUAAUGAGGAGAAACGAGCAAUGGCUGCACUUCUCGGCAAGUUCAGGAUUCAGUGUGCUGACAUCAAGGUCAUUGGAGAUAUUCACAUGAAACCAAGCAAAGAAAGCUGGAAAAUGUUUGAAGAACUGAUUGAACCCUACCAACUACAUGAGGGUUCCAAGGAUCCUGCAACUGCAGAAAUACUGCUGAAAGAGCAUCCAUGGAAAAUUACUGAUGCGGAGUUAGAGAGAUUCAAAGACAAGACAUACCGACAGGUCAGACUCAAUGAACUUCUGCAGGAGAACUCCCGAUCUGCCAAUAUCAUUGUUGUGAGUUUGCCCAUUGCAAGGAAAGAAGCUGUAUCAAGUUACUUGUAUAUGGCUUGGUUGGAGACUCUUUCAAGAAACCUGCCACCUGUUAUAAUGAUCAGAGGAAAUCAGAAGAAUGUUCUGACCUUCUACUCCUAACAGAAAAUUGCUGCAACAAAUGCCACAGUUGAUGCAUGCUUAUUUAUCACUUAGUAUUUUGAGAGUUGGUUAAUAAGGAUGAUACACUGAAGUAGCAAACAAAAUCUAUUCCUAGUUUUCUGAUUUCCUGCUCCAUUUCACAAAUAAUCUCACUAGUUAAUCUUGUAAAAUUUUCCUAUUUAGUCACCAGGUAGUGUAACAGCCUGAUUGGUUGAGCCCUAUAUUUUAGGACACUAUUCUCUGAUCACUAAUUUUACAAAGUUGGAAUAAAAUCCUCCUUAUCUGGCUAUGAUGUAAAAUAGUUAAUAUACUCAUAGUAUUUUGGAGAUCCAUAAUUUUCAGCAUUAAGAUCUUCAAGGAAUUUUCAAUCUAUUGCCAUUAUUUGAUAUCCCCCAUUAAUUCUGCUUAAAUAAGGAUUUUAUUAGGCAUAUUGACAAUAAUGUAUACUGUAUUCUUCAGCUGAAUGAACAUUUACACAAAAGACCGCAGGUUGAGAAAAGUCUGUUCCUGCAGUCUGACAAGCUCAUUUGGGCAUAUGAUCACAAAUGAACAAUUCAAGGAAAAUGUGCAAAACCAGAUGAGAUUACAGCUUUGUGAAUAACACCAUGAAAUGAAGCAAGAAAGAUGUGCAAAGAAAGCAGAACAAAAUGAAGAGGAUGGAAUGAAAUUUCAUAGAGAGGAAAGGCACUCGCGUUAUCAUGAGAAAUCAGUUGUAGUUUGGUGGGGUUUCUUGCAAAAUUCAUGUUGCUUACGUUCAGAAUGUGGUUGCACUUACUUGUAAAGGAAACAAUAUGAUGUGCAAAGGUGUCCUUGUAUCUGAUGAGAAUUGAAAUAAAGGGUAGUAAAAUUAACUUUAUCCUCUGCCUUUUUCCAGAGAGUGGGAUUGUUGGAAGAUGAACCAUCACUCUCUUUACCAUUUUCACUGUAAUAUUUUCCAAAACAAAAUUCACUUCUGUUCAUUAAAUAAUUAUGGAUUCAAACACUGA